CCGCCCAUCGAGCUGUGUUCCGCAAGCACCAAGCAGGCCACAGAUUCAGUUGGAUGCUUCUCGUCUCUUGUUUGGUUUCACUUUCUUCCCUAAAAAAAAGAUUUACCUGCAGGAGUUGAACUUUGCCCAUCGCAAGUAUUCUAUUCUUCCUUUCCCGCCAACAAACAACGUAAAAUGUCUGGCUCUUCUUCUAACCAGUACUCUUCCUUUCUCAAGCUGUGCUGCGAAACCCGGAAUCAGACCCAGGUCAAGAAGCUGCAUUGCCAUAUCCUAAAGACCCUAUCGAACCCAGAGCCUUUCCUCUCCAACAACCUGAUUAACGCGUAUGGCAACCUGCGAAAUCCAUUGUACGCCCGCAACGUGUUCGACAAAAUGGCCCAACCAAAUCCUUUCUCUUGGAACACCCUUCUUUCUGCUUACUCCAAGUCUGGGGACCUCUCGACAAUGCAAGACAUCUUCAAUCUCAUGCCGAGCAGAGAUGGGGUGUCCUGGAAUUCGCUUAUUUCCGGGUAUGCGGUUCAUGGGUCGGUUACUGAAGCUGUCGGGACUUAUAGCAUGAUGCUUAGGGAUGGAUCUGUUAAUUUGAAUCGAAUUACAUUUUCCACCUUGCUCAUGUUGUCGUCAAGUAAAGGGCAAGUCAACUUGGGCAGGGCGAUUCAUGGGCACAUACAAAAAUUUGGGUUCAAGGCUUGUGUGUUCGUUGGAAGUUCUUUGGUCGAUAUGUAUUCCAAAAUAGGGUCGGUUCAUGAGGCCGUGAAAGCAUUCAAUGAAAUUCCCCAAAGGAAUGUUGUAAUGUAUAAUACACUGAUCACGGGACUUUUACGUCAUGGAGUGGUGGAGGACGCUAAGUGUCUCUUUCACAACAUGAAGGAAAGAGAUUCAAUUUCCUGGACGACGAUGAUAACUGGUUUUGUACAGAAUGGAUUAGAUAGAGAUGCCCUUAAUUUAUUUCAGGAGAUGAGAUUAGCCGGGAUGGUGAUUGAUCAGUAUACUUUCGGGAGUGUGCUGACUGCAUGUGGGGGACUGAAGCUCCUUGAAGAGGGCAAGCAAGUUCAUGCUUUUAUCAUCAGGAAGGACUAUAAAGAUAAUGUCUUUGUGGGUAGUGCUCUCCUGGACAUGUAUUGCAAAUGUAGAAAUGUACAAUAUGCUGAAGCAGUUUUUAGGAGAAUGCGGCACAGGAAUGUUGUUUCAUGGACAGCAAUGCUUGUGGGCUAUGGCCAGAAUGGAUUCAGUGAGGAAGCUAUUAAGAUUUUCUCCGACAUGCAGAAAAAUGGGAUUGAGCCUGAUGAUUUUACUCUGGGUAGUGUCAUCAGUUCAUGUGCAAACUUGGCGAGCUUAGAAGAAGGAGCUCAAUUCCAUGCGCAAGCCCUAAUGUCAGGCUUGAUUUCUUUUAUUACUGUCUCCAAUGCACUCAUUACUCUGUAUGGUAAAUGCGGAAGUGUUGAGUACUGCAACCAGUUGUUUGAUGAGAUGGUAUUCAGGGAUGAAGUUUCUUGGACUGCAUUGAUUUCAGGAUAUGCACAAUUUGGCAAUGCUGAUAAGACUAUCACAUUAUUUGAGAAGAUGUUGGCACAAGGCCUAAGACCCGAUUCAGUUACAUUCAUUGGGGUUCUUUCAGCUUGUAGUAGAGCAGGACUAGUGGAAAGAGGGUACCGGUAUUUUGAAUCAAUGUCUAGAGACCAUGGCAUACUUCCUAUUCAUGAUCACUAUACUUGCAUGAUUGACCUCUUAAGUCGAGCUGGAAGAAUAAAAGAAGCACAAGACUUUAUUCAUAAGAUGCCUUUCCCGCCAGAUGCAGUUGGUUGGGCUACUUUGUUGAGCUCUUGCAGAGUUCACUCCAACCUAGAGGUAGGGAAAUGGGCAGCUGAGUCGCUUCUAGACCUAGAGCCAACAAAUCCUGCAGGGUAUAUCUUGCUCUCAAGUAUCUAUGCUGCUAAAGGAAAAUGGAAUACUGUAGCUCAGUUAAGGAGAGGAAUGCGAGAAAAGGGUUUAAGAAAGGAUCCUGGAUGCAGUUGGAUAAAGUUUAAGAACAAGCUUUACAUUUUCUCAGCAGACGACUUCUCCAGUCCAUUUUAUGAUCAGAUAUAUGCUGAGUUGGAAAAAUUAAACGAGAAAAUGAUACAAAUGGGGUAUGUGCCAGAUGCCAGUUCAGUUCUACAUGAUGUUGAGGAACUGGAGAAAAUAAAGAUGCUUGGCCACCAUAGUGAGAGGCUGGCGAUUGCCUUCGGAUUGAUAUUCAUUCCUCGUCAUUGUCCUAUAAGAGUAGUUAAAAAUUUGAGGGUGUGCAGGGAUUGUCAUAAUGCUACUAAAUACAUCUCAAAGAUAACUCAGAGGGAGAUCCUUGUUAGAGAUGCGGUCAGGUUCCAUUUGUUUAAGGAUGGGGCAUGCUCUUGUGGAGAUUUUUGGUAAAAGGUUAUUUCAUCAUCCAAAAUUGUGACUAUAGGUGACUUCUGAACUGGUGACUUCAUGGAUUGAAUUACCAUUGUGAAAAGAAUUAUCUUACUCCAAAAACAUCAUCAUAGAACUUCACGAACAAGAUUGUCAUGGAGCAGUCGGCAGUCCAUUCAGCUGCAGAUGGGGUACACCCUAGCUCCUAAUACCUCCCAGAUGUUGUCUUUCCGAACUCUUUUGUCCUUCCUCUGUUAUAGAGGAUGCUGUAUUUAACUUUCUGGCCAAUGCUUAGAGGCAUGGAUGGGUACAGGACUCUUACAUUUGCACUGAAUGAAAUACAUAAGCCUGUGUCAGGACUAGAUGAUAGUCUUGUCAAGUCAUCUGUAUAAACCAUUCUGUUCCACAUCCAAAUUUUCAUGUGAUCAAUUUGCAAACCUGCAGCAUUGAGGUUUUUAUUUCCAUUUCUCUCUUGAACAUCUCUGCUAAGAUGCAUCUGGCAUGUAGGAAAAGCCUUUUUUGCAAAGUCUUAAAAUUUUGGCUGCCAGGAAUUGUUGACAAAUGAACCUUUUUUAGUUAUACUAGUCAGAGAAAAUAGUUGUAUUAUCCCAGUCCUAGUUUUAUUGGCGUUUUUGUAGGAAACUGAUCCUCAAAUUUCUGGUUGAUUGUCUGAAAACGGUUCUUCCUUAGUCAAAACUAAUCAAAACAACAGUGCUAACUGAAUACAAUAAACCCUCAAACGUUAGAAGUAUUGCUAUCGUUCAACCCCAUGCAACAGUAAUAUAUGGUGACCUCUGAUCAAUAUGUAAUAAUUGAUCACCUCAAGCAUACUCCUGUGAAGAUUUGAUUGACUCUCCUUGCUCUUGCUGCUGGUUCUGCAUCAGGUUGGAGAAGACCAGGUGAAAGUGGAAUGCACAUCGAGUAACUAUAUGCUUUAUGGGAACGAAAAGAAAACAAGAUUACCUGUAAGUCUCUACAGAUCUCAAUUACUUCUGUCACAGGAGCCCAGUCACCGAAGUUCCUCUCAACAAACUGGUAAGCAAUGCCAGACCACUUUCUUCCUACUAAGUACUAUGAAAAGUCCACCUUUGAUCUCACCUUCGCCAGUGAAGUUUUGGUGCAGUCCCAGGGAUUUUGCUCGUUUGUAAUUAGCUAUUGCUCAAGGGUUGAAGAGAAAUCCUGAUAUGAACUUGUCCUUGAGCAGGUUUCCACCACCAAGAGCCUUGAAGAAGUCCAUACCUCGAUCAAAAAGUACAACACCCCCCCAAUACCGUCGCCAGAAGUCUUGUACCUUCACAAUAUCUAUUUUGUAUCAGAGAAAGAACGGUUGAUAACUAAGAAGUUCAUAUUCAGUAAGCACCUCUGACUCUAUGUGCUCGUGAAGAACUGCAUAUAGUUGAACUCCCAAUGCGUCAAAUAAGGGUUUCCUAGCAUAAAGCUGAUGAGCUUCAGCUCUGCACAUGAUGCACCUGUUCUCAACAGAAAUUGCACAGGGUAAUAAUGUGAAUACUACAGC